AGUGUCAAGUGAAAUAAACCGGGAAGGAAAUCCAAGAGAUACGACUGAGUUUCAGACAUUAAAAUUUAUAAUCAAUUACGGAAAAGGUCUCUAGUUGUCCUGUUAAAAGCGAGAAAUAUGAAGGUAUUUGAUGUAAACAUUUUAUCACUAGUGCUGCAGUUGCUUUUCAUUCAUAAAACUAUUUGUAAAAAAAUAUCUUUGCCUGAUAUUGAUUUACAUUCUGCUGGAAAAGUCGAUGAUUGCCAAAAAUGUAGAAUAUUAACAGACUCAUUUAGCCAUUGGCUUACAAAAACAAAACGGGGUAAAUACGAAGGAGGAGACGCUGCCUGGGAAGAAGCCAAAUUAAAGUCAUACGGGCGGAGUGAGAUGAGGCUUGUGGAAAUACAGGAAGGUCUUUGCUCGGAAGUAAAAAAACAUCAAGAUCAGUGCUACUCUCUGGCAGAGGAAGCAGAACAACCUUUAGAAAAGUGGUGGUUCCAUGAGGACCCAGAUUCUGUUGAUCUGUACACAUGGUUGUGCAUUGAAACUCUUCAGCACUGCUGUCCCGAAAAUCAUUUCGGCGAAUCAUGUUCCCCAUGUCCAUUACACAAAAAUAAAAUAUGUGGCGGCAGAGGAAAAUGUGCUGGAGAAGGCACAAGAAAAGGCAAUGGCACAUGUAUCUGUGACAAACAAUUUGCAGGUGUUUUUUGUGAUGAUUGUGCUAAAAACUACUACAAAGCAAGUGAAGACUCUUGUGAACAGUGUCAUAAGGCUUGUGCAGGUUGCUCAGGGGAUGGACCAGCAGCUUGCACGGCAUGUAAGAAAGGCUGGGAGUUACAAUCGGGAACAUGUGUAGACAUUAAUGAGUGCUUAACCUCAAGCUCAUGUAAAGCUAACCAAUACUGUGUGAACCACAAAGGAUCCUACAGUUGCAAGAAGUGCCAUGACUCAUGCAAGACAUGCACGGAUGCUGGAGCCUCUCAAUGCACUUCCUGUGAAUCUAAUAGUGUGUUAUGGGAUGGCAUGUGUGUUGAUGAUCAACAAAGAAGUGACCUUUUACAAAAUGCUCUUAAAAGAUUAGCGCUGUACUGUGGGCUUCUUAUUAUAACAUAUUUUACCUAUAGAAAAUCAAGGAUGCUUGCCUCUCUGGUUAUGAUUGUAAUUGCAAUUUACAUUUAUUAUUCUGAAGGCAUUUCAAGAAUAACUUUAAUAGACUUAUUUUUUAAAUUAUAUUUAACCAAUUCACAAAGUGUAUAGUGUAAAUGUGGCUGUGUUUAUUUUUAAGUAGAACCAAACUAUAAUAAUUUCAUAUUUUAAAUAAAUCAAUUGAUGUACAGAUUUUGUAUUUUUCUCAUGCAUUAUUUAACCCAAUAUAAAUAUGGAAAAAUA